CCUCCACGCCGAGAAGGGGUUGUGGGGGAGGGAGGCGGGUAGUGGGCUUUAGCGCCUUUUCUGGCGGCGGUAGAUUUGAAGCGCUUUAAGGGACCGGGGGAAGAGAAGACUGUACUGGUGCAGAACAAAAAGGUUUGGAUCACUUUGUCUUUGAUUUUUCUCUGUUUAAAGGUUGAAGUAUUAGAGCCAUGGGAAUAAAAGUUCAGCGUCCACGAUGUUUUUUUGACAUCGCCAUUAAUAAUCAACCAGCUGGAAGAGUUGUCUUUGAAUUGUUUUCUGAUGUGUGCCCCAAAACAUGCGAGAACUUUCGUUGUCUUUGUACAGGUGAAAAGGGGACAGGCAAAUCAACUCAGAAGCCAUUACACUAUAAGAGUUGUCUCUUUCACAGAGUUGUUAAAGAUUUUAUGGUUCAGGGUGGUGACUUCAGUGAAGGAAAUGGACGAGGAGGGGAAUCUAUUUAUGGAGGAUUUUUUGAAGAUGAGAGUUUUGCUGUCAAACACAACAAGGAAUUUCUCUUGUCAAUGGCCAACAGAGGAAAGGAUACAAAUGGUUCACAGUUUUUCAUAACAACGAAACCAACUCCUCAUUUAGAUGGGCAUCAUGUUGUUUUUGGGCAAGUGAUUUCUGGUCAAGAAGUUGUGAGGGAGAUAGAAAACCAGAAAACAGAUGCAGCUAGCAAACCAUUUGCUGAGGUGCGGAUACUCAGUUGUGGAGAGCUAAUCCCCAAGUCGAAAGCUAAGAAAGAAGAAAAGAAAAGGCAUAAAUCAUCUUCCUCCUCCUCAUCAUCCAGUGACUCAGAUAGCUCAAGUGAUUCUCAGUCCUCCUCUGAUUCUUCUGAUUCUGAAAGUGCUUCUGAAGAGAAAUCAAAAAAAGAAAAAAAGAAACACAGGAAAAAUUCCCGAAAACACAAGAAAGAAAAGAAGAAGCGCAAGAAAAGCAAGAAAAGCGCAUCUAGUGAAAGUGAGGCUGAAAAUCUUGACACACAACCCCAGUCUACUGUCCGUCCAGAAGAGACCCCUCCUAUACCUGAAAAUAGAUUUUUAAUGAGAAAAAGUCCUCCUAAAGCUGAUGAAAAAGAAAGGAAAAACAGAGAAAGAGACAGAGAGAGAGAGUGUAAUCCGCCUAACCCCCCUGCUUCAUACCAGAGGCGACUUUUGGUUACUAGGUCUGGCAGGAAACUUAAAGGAAGAGGGACUAAGCGUUAUCGAACUCCAUCUAGAUCCAGAUCAAGGGAUCGUUUCAGACGUAGUGAGACUCCUCCACAUUGGAGGCAAGAGAUGCAAAGAGCUCAAAGAAUGAGGGUAUCAAGUGGUGAAAGAUGGAUCAAAGGGGAUAAGAGUGAGUUAAAUGAAAUAAAAGAAAAUCAGAGAAGCCCAGUUAGAGUAAAAGAGAAGAAAGUAACUGAUCACAGGCAUGUGUCUGAGAGUCCAAAUAGAAAAAGUGAAAAGGAAAAGAAAGUUAAAGACCAUAAAUCUAACAGCAAAGAGAGAGAUGUCAGAAGAAAUUCAGAAAAAGAUGAUAAGUAUAAUAAAAACAAGGUGAAGAAAAGAGCCAAAUCUAAAAGUAGGAGUAAAAGCAAAGAGAAAUCAAAGAGCAAGGAAAGAGAUACAAAGCAUAGUAGACAUGAAGAAAAGAGGAUGAGGUCAAGGAGUAAGAAGGAUCAUGAGAAUGCUAAAGAAAAGGAAAAAUCUGAUUCUAAAGGAAAAGAUCAGGAAAGGAGUAGAAGUAAAGAGAAGUCUAAACAGUUAGAAUCAAAAAGUAAUGAGCAUGAUCAUAAUAAAAGUAAGGAAAAGGAAAGACAUGCACAGUCUAGGAGUAGAGAACGUGAUGCAACUAAAGGCAAACACAGUUACAAUAGUAGAACAAGGGAACGAAGCAGAAGUAGGGACAGGAGCAGGAGAGUGCGAUCCAGAAGCCAUGACCGUGAUCGUAGCAGGAGCAAGGAGUACCAUAGGUACAGAGAACAGGAGUACAGGAGAAGAGGAAGGUCACGAAGCCGAGAGAGAAGAGCAACACCAGGAAGAUCAAGAAGUAAAGAUAGAAAGAGAAGGAGGAGAGAUUCACGGAGCUCAGAGAGAGAAGAAAGUCAAAGCAGAAACAAAGAAAAAUACAGAAACCAAGAAAGUAAGAGUUCACACAGAAAAGAAAAUUCUGAAGGUGAAAAGAGAAUGUACUCUAAAAAUCGUGAUUAUAGUAGUUCAAAUAAUAACAGGGAUAAAAAGGCUGAUAGAGAUCAAAGUCCAUUCUCAAAAAUAAAACAAAGUAGUCAGGACAAUGAAUUAAAGUUUUCCACAUUGAAAAAUAAGGAGGAUGGGAAGACCAGAUCCUCAGUGGAAAAAGAAAACCAAAAAUCAAAGGGUCAAGAAAAUGACCAUGUACAUGAUAAAAAUAAAAAAUUUGAUCAUGAAUCAAGCCCUGGAAACAGAUGAAGACAAAGUGGAUGAGUGAGUUGUAUAAACUUAUUUCCAUUCUGUCUUGAAUUUUAAGUUUUAGAGACUUUUGCUGAUGGAUCUUUAUGUUGUUUUCCCUUUUUCGUUGUUUUUGGUUUAUGUUUGUCCUUUUUUUUAAAUGUGGACUUCCUUGAGUUGAUCUUUUGAUAAUCUGCAACCUGGAUAAUUUGUACUGCUAAAGUUUUAAUAAACUUGAAAUGAGAAAAACUUUGGUGUAAUACUGUGUGCUGUGUUUCACUAUUUCCUGUAUACAUUUCUGUGUUGCAACAAUCAGCCCAUGGCAAACAUGCUAUUCUGUACCCUAACUUGUGUAAUCAUCAUUUGAAAACAAGCAUAACUGAUUGUUGGAAUAUAUUGUUACAAAAGCCUGUGUUUCUCAUGAUUAAAGGAACUUUAGAAGCCACUAGAUAGACAAAAUCUUGUAAAGAUUUUCUGAUUGAUUUAUAAUAGAGGCAGCAGCUUUUAAGUAUGCAGAAGCAGGAUUCUAAUAGCUUGAGAUCUGAAGUCAUCACUUUUGAUUUUAUAGUAAUUUGUGCUUUAAAAUACUUAUUUAUAUUGUACUUCAUAUGCUGUUCUUUAUAGCUCCACAUGUAGCUUGUUUCAUAUCAAUAUUUUUCAUGUCUACUCUUGUUUUACUUAACUGUCUGUAAAAUAGUUGAGUAUUUUUUUCAGUUGAUGUACUGAGUGAGCUUGACUUGCUGUUAUACAGCAUCUGACAAGUUAACCUUGGAAGAUCAGACUGUGAUUCUCAAUCUGUGAUGCUUUUGCUCUAAAGAGAUUAAACUUUUGCUUUUUGAGAACAUUGUUUUAUUAUCCUUCUCCCAAGUGGGGAAAAAACCCCUUUUCUUACUAAAGCAUACCACUUGUGCAACUCUUUAUACAUUAGACAGAUUUUAAAAGUUGUUAGUAUUGCCACAUUAACUUCCAAGAUUUCUUUUUGGCCACUGACCUAUAUAAAGUUGAGUGUUAA